AAGUCUUUCAAGGACAGUAACUCUCGUUUAGAUGGCUGAAGAAGAAGAGCUUCGUAUUCGUGAUAGAUCGCAAGAUAAAUCUCGGAGUGGAUUUGAAAAAAGAGAAAAAAGAAGAAGGAUUCGGAAACUCCAAGAUGCCAUUAUUCAGAAGGACAGAUUCAAAAUACAGGAACUUUUAGAGGAAGAUUUUGAAGUAGAUUUCCAGUACAGAGGCCAGACAGCACUGCAGCUAGCUGUGAAGGAGGGCGAGUAUGAGAUUUGUCAGAAACUGGUGGAGAAAGGAGCAGAUGUUAAUGUUUGUGACGCUCAGAAGAACAGCGUACUAAACACAGCCUGCUGGAAAGGACACGCAGACAUUGUCAAAUUACUGGUCAGAAGCGGAGCCCAGCUGAAUGCUCAAAAUGACCACGAAUCAACUCCAUUGUUCACUGCAGCCUAUAAAGGUCAUUUUGAUAUUGUGAGUGUCCUUGUAGAAGCAUGUUGUGACCUUGACCUCCAAAAUGUUCAUGGUCAAUCACCUCUACAUGCAGCAGUGAAGAACGAACAUAUUAGCUGUGUGCAUAGACUGGUGGAUGGGGGAUGCAACAUCAACUUUAUAGAUACAGAUUUCAAAUCUCCCCUAAUAGUAGCCAGUGAACUAGGACUGACUGAAGUAGCCAAAAUCCUCCUUGAAAAAGGGGCAUCUGUUAAUCUAAAGGAUAGAGCAGGUGAAACAGCUGUUUUGUUGGCUGCUGCACAAGGACAUAGUGACAUAAUUAAAGAAUUAGCCUUUCACAAAGCAGAUGUAGAUAUGGCAACAACCAAUGGACGAGUGCCUCUUAUUGAGGCAAUCAUUGGAUCUCAUUGGAAGACAGCAACAGCCCUGAUUCAGGCUGCAGCAGAUGUUAACAAAAAAGACAAACAGCAGCAGGCACCCAUACACGCCGCCAUCAGGCAAGUGUCCAGUGUGUUUGGGAGGGAAUUUGACCAGCAGGCCAUGGCCAUUGUUAAGGAGCUGAUCAACAGGGGCGCCGAUAUCAACAAGCAGGAUUCCCAGGGCUGGACCGCGCUGUAUCAGAGUGCCUUUGCAGGAAACUUAGAGUUAUCUACCUUAUUGUUGGAUCAAAAGGCUGAUGUUUCCAUCACAACAACCUCAGGAGACAGUGUUUUACAUGCUGGUGUCUAUGGAAACAAUGCAACAAUCGUUGAUCACUUGAUAGCUGCUGGUUGUGAUGUAAAUAAGGUGAAUAAAAAAGGAGAGCAUCCAUUGUUUUCAGCCAUAUUGUCACGAGUAGAUAUCAAGAUAGUGAGAGCUUUGAUUGAAGCAGGAAGUAACUUGGACCUGAAAGAAAAAACAGUGCAGCUGACGUCCCUCCACGAAGCCAUCAUUCAACAUUAUACGGAGGCCGCCCUGCUUCUUAUUGAGUCAGGUUGUGAUAUUAAUGCCAGAAACGGUAAAGAGCAGACCCCACUGUACACAGCCUGUGAGAAGGGCAACACCCAGGUUGUGGAGAGGUUACUGUCCCUCCCUGAGGUCAACACUCGGGGGGCCAAAGUGUCUACCAUCCCCAUCCAUGUCGCUACGGCCAACAACUUCUCCCACAUUGUACAACAGCUGAUCGACGUAAACUGUGACUUCCAUGUGAUGAAUGAGAAAGGAAUGACUCCAAUCAUGGUGGCGACUAAUGAGAACAGUACAAGAGUUGCCAAAGUACUAAUCAAGAAUGGCUGUGACCUAGAGUCCCAUUGCCGGGAGAAGAAGCUGAUGGUGUGCUGUGUGCUCUACCAGGAUUCUCAUCCCCACUUUGACCUUGAACCUCUAUUUUUAGCACUGACUCACAAAAACAUUGAGCUGAUCAAACUCUACCUGAUGUGUUACAGAAAGAUACCAGUGAAAGUCAUUAAAAUCUUGUCAAAUAUUUUGAGAACUUCUCAAGAAUUAAAUAUGCAUUUUCCUGCUGAAGAGAAAAAGGAAAUUUUGAAUGUGUUUUCGAAAAUUUUAAAGUUUCCCAGGUCUUUACAAGAAAUCUGCCGUUGUCAUAUCCGAGAGUGUGUGAAGCAACCAUUUCUGAAAAAUGUUCCCAAGCUACCUGUUGCCAAAAAAAUCAUGGACUUUAUAACCAUGGAGGACAUUUUGAGCUUAUCUAGUGAGGCGGAGGAAGAGGAAGAACUUAGGCAUGCUGGGAAGUUUACGUUUGUUGGCAGGAAGAUGCCUUAUGAAUUGUAGUUUGGAAAUCUAUCAGGUUCCUUCAACAAAUGUUUCUAAACUUUUCAUGAUUUCAGAAUAUUAAUUCUUAUACAUGUACUACUUUCAGGUACAUUUUGGGGUGGGAUUGGUCAAAUUAAAUUACUUCAAAAUUUGUUGUCCUGUUUGAGAAUUUCAUGUAAAUUUAUUUACGUUGGAAAGUUGAUUUUGAAAAGGUCAUUGUUGAUAUAAAAGUUUCUUUUGGACUUGUGUAGUGUGUAGAUUGGCAUUUAAUGAAUAAAAUAUUUAAUAUAACAAUUA